AUGGCUGCGCCUCGACUGCCAUUCCUCUAUCCGCAGCUCUUCCGCUCAGCCAGGCCAUACGAGGCUGGUGCCCGUUCGCUUCGUUUCCAACGGUCUGGUUUCCAUGCCACUCCGCAGCGCAAGCAAGAUACAGUUGCCCCUCGUCAAGGACAAUCGCUAGAGUCCAAGCUACCUCCACCCGCGCAAAAUAAGAAAAAUCCAGUCAAAGAACCCCUCGAACCACCGUUGAAGAAGAGCCUUGCUUCCAAACCUCAAAAAGACAGUGCCCAGGGCACGAAUUCGGGACCCGAGCGCAGCAACAGCAAACAAAAUGUGAAUGACGAAAAAAACGAUACUGCUGCUAAGGCUUCAAAAACUGCAGGCAAACCACAAAAUGAGACGCAAACAUCGGAUAAUAAUGCCUCGGCCAAGUUGUCACGAGAGAUGCCACCACCUCAGAAUCCGAUGGACGCCGUUCUUCAAAUGCCACCGCCCUCCGAAAUGGGACUUGCGAGAUUGUCGCCAGAUGGACAUGGAAUACCGCACUUACAGCCCGCGCCGUAUAUUCACCAUUUCGAUACGUAUACUCUAGUCAAAAACCUUGAGGAGGGUGGGUUCAGUGAGGAACAGGCUGUCACAGUUAUGAAAGCCAUUCGGGGAAUUCUGCAGGAAAAGCUGAAAUUGGCCGAGAAGACCCUCACGUCUAAAUCAGACAGUGAAAAUGAGGAAUAUCUAUUUAAAGCUGCUUGUUCAGAGCUUCGGUCAUCAUUACAAGCUUCAAGGAGUCUGGAAGUUGAGCGCCAGCGAACGUCCGGAACACAACUGCAACAUGAAGUGGACAUCCUGAAUCUCCGAAUCAGUCAGGAAUUGGCAAAGUUGAAUGAUGAACUGAAAGGCAUGUGGAAUGAUCACAAAAUGACCACCAGGGAGCUACAGCAGAGUCAGGACACCGGCAUCCAGGAACUCAACUAUAAGAUUGCCGUUUCACUAGCAAGUGACGGAAAGAGCGAGACUGAAGGGUUGAGAUGGGUUCUGACGAGACGUGCCGCCUUGACCAUCGCUUUCAGUGCCAAAAGGAAACAGGCUGCUGCAAAGGAAACUGCCAAAGCCGAACCGGUGAAAGACGCCGCAGUUCAGACUGAACCGUCGCUCUCCGACACACUAAGGCGCAACGCCCAGAAUGCAUCGACAGUCUCUCUACUAUUCUUCUUCUGCUUCCCCCUCAUCGCGUCCGCCGAAUCCUGCGCUGGCGUCCUCCUACAGACCAUCGCGACGCGCUGGGAUUCACUCGGAAGCGCAUACCAGCACGAAAUAUGCGACCGCGGCUGCCAGCCCGUGAUGUCCACGUGGGAUGAAUGGACAUACUCCAACGCCUUCCUGCCGCUAAUCGACACCAUGGCGAAAGAAAUGUCGCUCUCGGACAAGUUCAAGUCCACGUUUACGCGCAUCGGCCAGGACAUCGCGACAUCCACCAAGAAAGAAUGCAGUGCGUUGUUGGCGCCCGGUCAACAUUUCUGUACUACUAGUGGAGGAACGCCCGACGGCGAUAAGUUGGCGCAAUGGAACCGUUGUUUCAAGAAGCAAGCUGCUCGGGAAGCUUCUAAAAAUGCGUUUACGAUGCUCAAAAUGGUGUCUGGUGAGAUCUGUAAAGGUUCAGCGUAUAAGUAUCUGUCGGAUGAUGAGUUGUGGACGCAGAUCCUGCCGGAGUAUAUGAGGAAAUAUUCGAAUACUUGUCAGGCUCGGGCUCGGGCUCCAGAUGUUCGCGCAGAGGUUGUUCCCAACGUGGCGCAAGAUAAAGAGAAAGUGCCGAAAGAUGAAUUAUGA